ACUCCCACAAUUCCUAACAGCGGAGCAGGCUUCACGGUAACAUACGGGCCUGGGCCAACUUGGGCCUUCCCUCCAGGUGUUUUGGACUCCAACUCCCACAAUUCCUAACAGCCUACCGGCUGUUAGGAAUUGUGGGAGUUGGAGUCCAAAACACCUGGAGGGAAGGCCCAAGUUGGCCCAGGCCCGUAUGUUGCUGUGAGGCCUGCGAGGCCUAGUGUGUCCCCAGGAGCCGGGGUGUGGAGUAUGUGGCCUGGCCGGGCGGGGCUGUGGCUGGUGCUGGGCGUGUGCGGCCUGGCUCUCCUGGUCUACUGCCUCUACUUCGACCGGAAGAGACGAGGCCAGCCGGACUUCAAACGCAGGCUUCGUGAAAGAAGAAGAAAAGAAAAUGAAAAGGCAAAAGAGCGUGAUGCAAAGGUUUGCAAGCUGAAUGAUACUGCAAAGCUACAGGAUUUUUUCCUGCAGGAGAUACAGCUGGCAGAGCUUUGGUUGGGAAAAGGUGAGCCCAAGAAGAGCACUGAACACCUUGCCAAUGCCAUUUCAGUGUGCACACAUCCAAACCAGCUCUUGCAAGUUCUGGAACAGACUUUGCCGCCCCAAGUGUUUGAGAUGCUUUUGCAAAGCAUUCCACAUGCUGUGCAGCGGCUUGAGACGGCUCUGAAUGAAUAGGAUUAGAAGUGAGAGAAUGCACCACCACCCAAAGGGCUGCUCUUAAGGCAGGACCUUAUGACAGUCUACAAUCCUUCAUUCAAAAAGACUUUCAAAUAAAGACAGCAAUUUUCAUUUAUUUUCUUUGAUUAAUAAAAAAUAAAGCUUGUUUUAGACA